AUGCGCGCCUCCACGCUCCUUGCUAUCCUCCCCCUCGCCUGCGCCGCUCCCUCCAAGCGCGCCUCGCCCGCUCCCGUCCUCGUCCCGCGCAACGCCCAGGUCAUCGAGGGCAAGUACAUCGUCAAGUUCAAGGGCGACGCCAAGACCGAUGCCGUCUCCGCCGCUGUCUCGAGCAUCACUGCCGAUGCCGACUACACCUACUCCCACUCCUUCCACGGCUUUGCCGCCAGCCUGAGCAAGGCCGAGGUUGAGAAGCUGCAGAACAACCCCCAGGUUGAGUUCCUCGAGCAGGACGCUGUCGUCACCAUCUCUGCUACUCAGGAGAACGCCGACUGGGGUCUGGCCCGUCUCUCCAGCCAGAAGCCUGGCGGCACCACCUACACCUACGACGACUCGGCUGGCGAGGGCACCUGCGCCUACAUCAUCGACACUGGCGUCGAUGUCGAGCACCCUGAGUUCGAGGGCCGUGCCAAGUUCCUGGCCAACUACGUCGACAAGGACAACACCGACGGCAACGGCCACGGCACCCACGUCUCCGGCACCAUCGGCUCCAAGACCUAUGGUGUCGCCAAGAAGACCCAGAUCUUCGGUGUCAAGGUCCUCGACGCCAACGGCUCGGGCCAGAACUCCGGUGUCAUUGCCGGUAUGGAGUUCGUCGCCAAGGACGGCCCCGGCCAGUCGUGCCCCAAGGGUGUUGUCGUCAACAUGUCUCUGGGUGGUGGCAAGUCCGAUGCCGUGAACGCCGCCGCCGCCAAGAUCGUCGAGGCCGGCCUCUUCCUCGCCGUCGCCGCCGGCAAUGACGGCGCCGACGCCUCCGGCUACUCCCCCGCCUCCGAGGCGUCCGCCUGCACUGUUGGCGCCACUGCCAUCGACGACUCCCUGGCCACCUACUCCAACUUCGGCAGCAUCGUCGACGUCCUCGCGCCCGGCACGGACAUCACCUCCACCUGGCCCGGCGGCAAGACCAACAAGAUCAGCGGCACCUCGAUGGCGUCGCCCCACGUCGCCGGCAUCGGCGCCUACUUCCUCGGCCUCGGCCAGAAGGCCAGCGGCCUGUGCGAGUACAUCGCCCAGAACGCUCUCAAGGACACCAUCUCUGGCGUCCCCAGCGACACCAAGAACCUGCUCAUCAACAACGCCCAGGGUGGCAACGGCACCUCCUUCCGCCGCUUCUAA